AUCCGCGAAGGUACAAGAAAGUAGAACGGAUUCUAAUCGUAGUCUGUUCGUUUUACCUGCGCAUGUUGAUGUCGUCGUUUCUAACCUCUUGGCUCUCUCUUGGACCGAAUUGUGACGGAUUUUGAUCAAUUACGGUGAAAAGAUUUGAGGCGUACAGCUCGCUGGAAGCGUCAACUCGCUGAGGAGCAGAAACAAUAAAAGCAUGACGGGUCCAUCGCAUAUGCACAUUUGGAAAAUGUAUUGGACACUUAUCUUCCCUAUUUCGGGUUUCUUAUUGGGACAUAAAAUAGACUUAAUGGAAACUGAAAGGAUGUCGAUGUUCAGGGACAAAUCAGCGCUAUAUGGCAGAGAGUUAAAGCCCGGGGAGCCACCUUCCUGGCCAUACUAAUCCUAUGUUUAUCUUUAUUAUAUGCUGUGAAAUUUUACGAAUUGCAGAAUCAAUUAGUCCUGUGUAAGUUGACAAAUAAACGUUUAAAUUUACUGC